AUGUCGAAUUUUAUAUUUCAAGAUGUUAAUAAUCCUUUGUUAAUCAAAGAAGAACUCUUCGAGCCUAAAGAACAAUUACCCACAGAGUUAAUAAUUCCGGAACUUUACAUAAAAACUGAAUACCAAUCAUAUGGUGAAGAUAUAAUUAAUGAUGAAGAUAUGCAAACUAAAGAAUUUCAUUCAGAAACAAUAAUUAAACAAGAAAUAUUAAGAGACAGUGAAUCAGAUUUUAUAAUUAAAGAUGAAACAUCACGAGAAGAAAAUAUUCCUGAAAAUCAACAGAUUCAUUUAGAAACAAAAUCAUAUUCAUGUGAUAUUUGUAAUAAAAUAGUUACGAAUCGAAGAAGUUUAGCCCGUCAUAAACGAACUCACACUGGUGCAAAACCUUUUCAAUGUGAAAUUUGUCAUCAAACAUUUACACAAAAAUGGAAUUUAAGUAGACAUAAACGAAUUCACGAUGAAGAAAAAGUUCUUUUUUCGUGUAAUAUGUGUGACAAAACAUUUAAACAUCAAUGGAAUUUAGAUUUACACAUACGAAGUCAUAAUGGAAAUAAACCUUUUCAAUGUGAUAUUUGUAAAAAAUCAUUUACUGCCCAAAGUGUUUUAAAUGCACAUAAACACAUCCACUCGGGUGAGUUUAAAUGUGAGGUUUGUUAUAAAGCAUUUUCCGAUCAAACUAGUUUGACUCGUCAUAAUCGAAUUCACAGUGAAAAUAAACCUUAUAAGUGUGAUAUUUGUAAUAAAACAUUAACUCAAAAAUUUAAUUUAAUUAAGCAUAAACGAAUUCAUGAUGGUGAAAAACCAUUCAAAUGUGAUGUCUGUGACAAAACAUUUAACCAUCAAUGGAAUUUAGUUGUACAUAAACGAACCCACACGGGAGAAAAGCCUUUUUCAUGUGAUAUUUGUAAUAAAUCAUUUACCGAUCAAACUAGUUACACUCUACAUAAACGCUUUCACACUGGGGAAAAACCAUUUUCAUGUGAUGUUUGUGAUAGAAAAUUUACCGAUCAAAGUACUUUAACUCGACAUAAACGUGUUCAUACGGGGGAAAAACCGUAUCAAUGUGAUGUUUGUAAUAAAACAUUUACGCAAAAAUGGAAUUUAGCUAAACAUAGACGAAUUCAUUUUGGUGAAAAACCUUUCUCAUGUAAUGUUUGUGAAAAGUCUUUUACUCAACAGUGGAAUUUAGUUUUACAUAAACGAACUCAUACUGGUGAAAAACCGUAUUCGUGCGAUACAUGUGGGAGAACAUUUACACAUCGACAUCAUUUAGAUUCUCAUAAACGAACUCGUACGUGUGAAAAACUUGUAUCUUAUAAAUGUUUGUAAUAUAGAUAAAAGUAUCGGAACAGAAAAGCAAGAACCGUCGCCUGAAAAUGAAGAUUUUUACAUAGCUGUAGGUAUAUGAUAAAGGUAUUGGAUUUUUCAACUAAGAGAUACUAUAUCGUUUUUAUUAAGAACCCUCAUCGUCGUUAAACAACCUGUAUUGUUGUUCUCAACAAUAUUAAUACACAUAAGUAGUAAUAACUAUUGAGGGUACCAAAUUAAUAAUAAUAAAUUCUUAAGGCUAAAUCUAAAGUUCCAAGGUGCUUAGAGACUUUUUGAACGAGGUAAAUACAUAGGAUAUAACAUUUGUGAAUUCGAUUCUGUUUCACUACAAAAAUGAGAGAUUAAUUUUGUUGUGGCAGGUAGAGAAAAUCGAAUUCUAGUUAAAGAUGCUGAGGCUGUAAAUAAGGUAGCUCAUGUCUCAAAUCGAACUGGUCCUACUACCGUUCAAGUCAAGGCUCCGAAUGAACCAUGGUUCAGAAAGGAAGUAAGUUUUACUCACUUCAAAGUCUUUGGAACCAAGUGUUAUGUACACAUACCUGACCAGUGCGGAAAAAGUUGACUACCGAGUUUUAAUUGAACUGAACUUUGAACUGUUAGAAAAAAAUAAUUAUAUUACAUAAAUUAAUAAUUUUCAAUUUUUGUUAUUUUGUUUCUAUGGUGUUAAAAUAUAUUUUGAUAAAACACUGCUAUUUGACCUUAAAUAAAAUGAUUUCGAUAAGAAUGAUUUAC